AACAAGGAAUAUAUUUUCCUUUUUCUUUUUUCUGUACAAAAUCCUUCCAUAAGCCUCGGUCCCAACUAAUUGGCGCUCCUUCUCUCUCUCUCUCUCUCUCUAAAAAGCGGGAGGAAGAAGACAGAGCCUCUCCUCAGUAAUCCUCAUCAGAUCCCGACACACACGAGCACACAGCAAAACACCCGCCACAGAGAAUGCUUCAUCCCGUCAUUCCAUUUUCAUGAAAUUAUUGUUUAUAUAUAUACAUGAAAAUAUAGAAUCUAUACAUAUAUAGACAAAUACGGGGAAGUGUUUAAUCUUCCAUAGCAGUAAAUGAGGUGCAAGAAGCAUCCUGCGGACCUCAGUAGCAGCGUCGGCGUCUGCGCCUCCUGCCUCCGGGAACGGCUGUUCUCCGUUAUAGCGGCACAGGAGCAAGCCUUGGCUCAGAAACAGGCCCAGGCACGAUCCCGAGAAGAUCGAUUGGAAUUUGAUGCAGAACAACCCCCUCCUGCUUUUCCCCAGUCAGCUUCGCCGUAUAUUUCCCACCGGAAUUCUGCAACUGCCGCAGCCUCCAGGUGGCACCUCAACGGUCACGAUCAGCGAUUCUACAGUACUCCCCAGGUGGGCCCAACUGGGUAUAUAUCAGCCGUUGAUAGUAGCGUCAAGAUGAAGUGUGCCGGAGGAAGAAUUUCUUCUCUUUUUUCGGGUCUAUUUAGGUCCAAAACGGGAAAACCAGACUUGGAUUCGGGUCAGAAUCCGGAUUCUUCAGUUUCCUGUCAGCUGAAUUCUCGGGAUUCUUGUAAUGCUUCUCCUUUGUGGUUUUCUGACAUUAUUCCCGGCCGGAGGAAAAAGCAAAUUCAGACGUUUUCACUUGAUGAAAAUACAAUCUGUGCUCAACGGAGAACCUGCCGGAAUCUCGACCGAGGAAUGUCCCCUGUGAGAUAUUCCGACGAGGAGGAUGAGCAUUGCAAUGGUGGAUCGAGCGGUUAUUCGUCGGAGUCUUCUCAAGGGUGGAAGCAAACUCCGCGGAAGACACCGGUGAUACGGCGUGGCGGAGGAAGGCAAGGGCAUAGCAAAAAUGUCACUCACUUGGCGUUUUGUUUGAGUCCAUUGGUCCGCGCCAGCCCAAACCGGCACUGGAAUCACAUGGGAUUGCCACCGGAGAUGGUUGUGGCCGGCGCAAGCAAAGAGAUUAGGGUUCCGACGAAGCCAUAUCUGUCCACUGCAGCGUCGCUUGGCAAGAAUCGGUCCCGUAAACUCGCCGAUUUCGGGAGGUACAAUCCUAACAAUUAAUCGCCGUGACCGUUGACUUUUGACUUAACCUCACCGCCGAUUACCUGCCACCAUGCUGAAGACGAUUUUGCCCCUUACUACGGUUCUAUUACGUCACUCUGUUCUUUAUUAUCAAUUUUAUUACUAAGCAGUAAAAGAAAUAAAAUUUAUACUACCGCAUGAUAAGCUCAGUAAUGUGAGGUUUAAGUGGUGAAUUUUUAGUGGGUUAGAGUGGUGAACUACGGUGGAUGGUCCAUUUGUUCCCCAUUAAAUGUUAAUGGUUUUUGAAUUAUGAUGUGUCAAUAAUGUGUACGUAGUUUGACCGUUCAAUGUGAUCUAAAGUAAAAUCUUAUUUUC